CGCGGGGUAGGCGCUCUGGUGCUCGCCGAGGAAGCUCACAGCCUACGGCGCACCAAUCUUUCUGAUCCUGCCUUUGGAGCAGCUAGAUUGCCAACCUUGGCUGCUCCAUCGGCCUGCCGCCCCUUACCUGCGAUUGCAUAUGAACUUUUCUUCCUUCUUGCACACCGUUGUCGUCGGAGUCGUCGAGAUCGUCGUGGCGCUCGCGUGAUGGCCUUCGUCCGUUUAGAGUAGUGUAGUUAGUUAGGGGCCAUCGAAGAAGAAAGAAGACGCGAAUAGUGCAGAGAUGCUGGAGGUGGUCAGUUACUAAGCUAGAGUAAGAUAGUGGAGCAAAACCAGCCAAACCUGUCCGGGGGCGCACGGUCGCCCAGAGGAGGUCGACUCGCCGGUGCUUACUAUCGCGCCGAGCUCCCUCCGUCCCUCCCUCCGCCGAGGCGCGAGAUUGCGGCGCGCAGCGCAGCGCAGCGCACUGACUGCCGCGGGCUCCGCUGGGCGAUUGCAGCCGGGUCCGUUUUUCGUCUAGCUGCCGCCGCGGCGACCGUUGCCUUGUCUUCCUCCCGGACGCUUGUGAGAUAUCAUCCAAUAUCCAUGAGCAUCUAUAGGCCAACUGUCACCAUCCUUCAAAAAUAAUUAAAGGAUGGAAUUAUGAAUCCAAUCUGUUAAAUUUCCUCUUCACAAUUUUAAACUUUGGUUGCUUAACACUGAAGCAAUCAUGGUGAACCUGAGGAAAGCGGUGCAUUCGUUCCUUGUGCACCUAAUUGGCCUACUGGUUUGGCAAUGCGAUAUUUCUGUGAGCCCUGUUGCAGCUCUAGUAACUGACAUUUUCAAUACCUCCGAUGGUGGACGCUUCAAAUUCCCAGACGGGGUACAAAACUGGCCAGCACUUUCAAUCGUCAUCAUAAUAAUCUUGACAAUAGGUGGCAACAUUCUCGUUAUCAUGGCAGUAAGCUUGGAAAAGAAACUGCACAAUGCCACCAACUAUUUCUUAAUGUCCCUAGCCAUUGCUGAUAUGCUAGUGGGACUACUUGUCAUGCCACUGUCUCUGCUUGCAAUCCUUUAUGAUUAUGUCUGGCCACUACCUAGAUAUUUGUGCCCCGUCUGGAUUUCUUUGGAUGUUUUAUUUUCUACAGCGUCCAUCAUGCACCUCUGCGCUAUCUCGCUGGAUCGGUAUGUAGCAAUACGUAAUCCUAUUGAGCAUAGCCGUUUCAAUUCGCGGACUAAGGCCAUCAUGAAGAUUGCUAUUGUUUGGGCAAUUUCGAUAGGUGUGUCAGUUCCUAUCCCAGUGAUAGGACUGAGAGAUGAAGAGAAAGUGUUCGUCAACAACACCACCUGCGUGCUGAACGACCCGAAUUUCGUUCUCAUUGGGUCCUUCGUCGCGUUCUUCAUCCCGUUGACGAUCAUGGUGAUUACGUACUGCCUGACGAUCCACGUUCUUCGCCGGCAAGCUCUGAUGUUACUGCACGGCCACAUCGAGGAACCACCUGGAAUAAACUGGAACUUUCUGAAGUGGUGCAGGAGGAACGCCGCGGAGGAAGAGAACCCGGCCAACCCUCACCAGGAUGCGAACCCAGGCAGAAGGAAGAAGAAAGAGCGACGCCCCAGGGGCACCAUGCAAGCCAUCAACAACGAACGGAAAGCGUCCAAAGUCCUCGGCAUUGUUUUCUUUGUGUUUCUGGUUAUGUGGUGCCCGUUUUUCAUUACCAAUAUUCUGUCGGUUCUGUGCGGGAAGGCCUGUAACCAAAAGCUCAUGGAAAAGCUUCUGAAUGUGUUUGUUUGGAUUGGCUACGUCUGUUCAGGAAUUAACCCUCUGGUGUACACGCUUUUCAACAAAAUUUACCGAAGGGCUUUCUCUAACUAUCUGCGCUGCAAUUAUAAGGCAGAAAAGAAACCUCCGGUGAGACAGAUGCCCAGAGUGGCUGCUACUGCUUUGUCAGGGAGAGAGCUUAACGUUAACAUUUACCGGCAUACCAACGAACCCGUGCUUAAGAAAGCUAAUGACAAUGAGCCCAGUAUAGAGAUGCAAGUGGAGAAUUUGGAGCUACCAGUUAACCCCUCCAGCGUGGUUAGUGAAAGGAUCAGCAGCGUGUAAUGAGCAGGGUGCAAGCAGCACAGUCUUUCCCUAUGGCAAAGCUACAAAUGUAGGGAAAGGUCUUAGAAUUCUUCUGUCGGUCAUAACUAAUGUAAAUAUCGUUGUCUGAUAAAGUGUUUUGUAUAUAGCUUUGCAACACUGUACUUUACAAUCAUGCACACAACCGUGAGAUUUAGGGUUCUAUAUUUACUGUUUAUAAUAGAUUGAGAAUAACUUAUUUUGAUUAUUUAAUGCAUAAAAUGUUGAUGUUUCUGCUAUCCCUCCCUUCCUAUUGCCUUCCCUCCUUCUCCCUCUUUCUUUCGUUCUCUCUCUCUUUCUCUCUCUCUUUUUCUUUUGGGCAUAAGGAAAUGUUGAUGUUGAUCUCAGGUGGCAUUUGCAGGAGACCAGAAUGAUG